AUGAGGCCUCAAGCUAUACUGCCAGACGCCCUCUCCGCUGUGGGUGAGACGCCGCUCAUUCAACUGAACCGGAUCCCACACGCAGAGGGCAUCAAGUGCAACGUCCUCGUCAAGUGCGAGUACUUCAACGCUGGCGGCAGCGUCAAGGACCGCAUUGCCCGUCGCAUGCUCCUCCAGGCCGAACAGGAUGGCACCCUCAUCCCUGGCAAGUCGGUCGUCAUCGAGCCCACCAGCGGCAACACGGGCAUCGGUCUUGCCCUUGCCUGCGCCAUCCGAGGCUACCGCUGUAUCAUCGUCCUUCCCGAGAAGAUGUCGGCCGAAAAGGUCAACACGCUUCGUGCGCUGGGUGCCGAAGUCAUCCGCACGCCCACCGAGGCCGCUCACGACGAUCCUCGUUCCAACAUCAUGGUCGCCCGUCGUCUCGCCAAGUCCAUGCCUGACGCCGUUAUCCUUGAUCAGUACAACAACCUCAACAACCCCACCGCCCAUUGGGCCACUGCUGAGGAGAUCAUCGAGGCCAUCAAGGCCGGUCCGGCCCCACCUUCCUCCACCUCCCUCCUCCACGGUAUGGGCGCUCUCUCGCUCAACAAUACCAAGGAGGAGCCCUUCGACGCCUCAGCCAACGCCCGUCCCCUCACUCCCGACUCCAACCGCGGCGCUGACGAGCCCAACGGCUCCGUCCAGACCUUUUCUGACAAGGUUGACGUCUUCGUCGCCGGCGUCGGCACGGGCGGUACCAUCAGCGGCAUCGCUUCGCGCCUCAAGCGCGCCGAUCACAAUCCGGACUGCUUUGUGCUUGGUGUCGACCCCAUCGGAUCCGACCUUGCACUGCCAGCUACGCUCAACGCUCUUCCCGAGGGCAGCGAUGGCUCGUACAAGGUCGAGGGGAUCGGCUACGAUUUCGACCCCAACACGCUCAACAAGAAGGUCAUUGACGAGUGGUUCAAGACCGAGGACGAACAGAGCUUCGUCUAUGCGCGUCAUCUUAUCAAGGACGAAGGUAUCCUCGCUGGUGGCUCUUCGGGUGCUGCCGUGAAUGCAGCCAUCAAUUGGCUCAAGCCCGGCGGUGCUGGCUGGGACAAGUUCGGCUCCAAGGCUGGUCUCAACGCCGUCGUCGUGCUGCCUGACAGCAUCCGGAACUACAUCACCAAGCCGUGGUUGGUUUCGGAUGCCAAGCCUGAACGUCGUCAGGCCGAGAUUGACUUUGACAACUUCCAGUAG